UGGUGUAGGUCGGCAAGUGGCGAUGCUGCGUGCAAAUCGGGACCCGCUGCGCUCGCCGAGAAGCUCGCGCUUGAUCGGCGACGUCUCACGCGCGAGCUUCGCCCGUCCCUACGAUGUGAGACGGGCAUUCUUCCCGUGUCGACACGGUCUUAGCGCUGAUCCCGGUAAUGAGUAGGAAGCGGGUAAUCAAGCGGGCGCGCGGCGUAGGCGCCGCCACUCGCGCGCAGCACGCGGCAAGGAACAGUGUGUUGUGAGAUGGUCCGCAUGAAGCUGGUGUUGUGGUGCGCGCUGCUGGCGGCAGCACGCGCGUGCCCGCUGCGGCCGGCCGGCGCGGGCGCACAGAGCCCCGGCGACAACUUCUACCGCCUGCUGCUCAACGGCGACGUGGAGCGCUAUGCGCCCGGCCAGCGCUACGUGGUGACCCUGGUUGGGUCGCGCACACACGACGUGGUGCAGCAGUUCACGCGGUUCAAGGUGACUCUGGAGCCGCUGGACCCGGCGGCGCCGCGCGCGCCCUCGCGCCAGGGCCAGUUCCAGCUGUUCGCCGACACGCUGACAAGGUUCGACGAGGAGUGCGUCAACUCCGUCGUCGAGGCCGACGACCUGCCCAAGACCGAGGUGCAGGUCAUGUGGAAGGCCCCGCCCGCGGGCUCCGGAUGCGUGCUGCUCAAAGCGAUGGUGUACGAGAAUGAGAGCCGCUGGUUCGCGGAGGACGGGCAGCUGACCAAGCGCGUGUGCGAGGACGCCGCCGUCUCCGCGCCCACCUGCUGCGCCUGCGACGACGCCAAGUACAAGAUGGUGUUCGAGGGCCUGUGGUCGGCGCAGACGCACCCGAAGGACUUCCCUGUGCAGGCGCUGUGGCUGACGCACUUCUCCGACAUCAUCGGCGCCACGCACCCCGCCAACUUCUCCUUCUGGGGCGAGGGGCAGAUCGCCACCGACGGCUUCAGAUCGCUAGCCGAGUGGGGCUCCAUAGGGCUUCAGGAGCGGGAGCUGCGUCAACAAGGCAAGCUGCUGCGCUCCAUCAUCAAGGCGCAGGGCCUGUGGCACCCGCGGGUCAACUCCAACACCACCGCCGUCUUCACGGUCGACCGCAAGAGGCAUCUGGUCUCGCUGGCUUCUAUGUUUGGCCCAUCCCCGGAUUGGGUGGUUGGAGUGUCUGGGCUGGAUCUCUGUCAGAAAGACUGUUCCUGGAUCGAGUCGAAAGUCAUCGAUUUGUUCCCUUACGACGCUGGCACUGAUAACGGCAUCUCUUAUAUGUCCCCGAACUCGGAGACGGUGCCGCGCGAGCGUAUGUACCGCAUUACGCCCAUGUACCCCGAGGACCCGCGCGCGCCCUUCUACAACCCCGGGGCAUCUGAGGUGCCUCCUAUGGCACGCCUGUACCUCACGCGGGAGAAGCUGGUCCCGCGCUCCUGCGACGAGGACGCGCUGCUGGCGCAGGUUGUGGAGGAAGUCGAGACUUCUCCGGCAGCUGAGCGACCGGAGUGCGCGGUGUCGGAAUGGAGCGCGUGGUCGCCGUGUUCCGUGGCGUGCGGCAAGGGGCUGCGCAUGCGCACGCGGCAGUACCGCAUGCCGCAGAAGGCGCAGAUGUUCGCCUGCGACCGCCAGCUCGUCUCCAAGGAGAUGUGCGUCGCAGCCGUUGCAGAGUGCGAAGGCGACAACGCGACCGACAACGAGGAAGACCUAACCCUGGGCGCAGUUGAAGACCAGGGAAUCUGCCGCACGUCCGAAUGGGGCGCGUGGAGCGAGUGCUCGGUCACGUGCGGCGUGGGCGUGGCCACGCGCCGCAGGCACUUCCUCGACCGCAUGGGGCCCAAGAAGUGCCCGCUCGUGCCCAUCGAGGAGAACCGCAAGUGCAUGGAGCCGCAGUGCACGGAGGUGGAGCACGACAUCUCGGACCCGUCGUGCCCCACGUCGGAGUGGGCGGCGUGGUCGCCGUGCUCGGCCUCGUGCGGGCGCGGCGUGGCCUUCCGCACGCGCCUGCUGCUGGUGCCGCCCGAGCAGCAGGCGCGCUGCUCCCAGGCCGUGGAGCUGCUGCAGCAGCGCGCCUGCUCCGAGCGAGACUCCUGCGCCGUCGACGCGCUCACCGCCAAACGCAUUUGCAUGGAGGAGCCGGAGCAGGGCCCGUGCCGCGGCAUGUACCAGCGGUGGGCCUUCGUGGCGGCCAAGGGCAUGUGCGCGCCCUUCCACUACGGCGGCUGCCGCGGCAACCGCAACAACUUCCUCUCGCAGGAGGACUGCCUCAGCACCUGCAGCGUCGCCAUAGGAGGCGGUGGGCCGGCCCUCGCGGCGGCGGGCUCCGGCCAGCCCGGCGGAGCGCAAGCGCAGAACACCAUCAACGGCCCGUCGCUGGUGCAGGCCAGCGACUGCCAGGUGAGCGAGUGGAGCGAGUGGAGCGCGUGUAGCGUGACCUGCGGCGUCGGCUACCAGGAACGCACCAGGACUGUUCUGCGAGCGGCGGGCGCCGGCGGUGCGCCCUGUCCUCCGCGCCUGUCACGCCGGCGCCGCUGCUCGCGCCGCUGCUGAGCGGACAGCGACCAGUUGACCACCAUCGUACGUACGCCCUACAACCAUAUUGACAGCUGUCACCAACUGAGAGUAGGCGCACACCGUUGAUUUUUAGUUGACCGAUAGUUGUGCCCGAUUUUAAUUUGUAUGAAGAAUCGGCCAAAUCGGAUCGGCGUAGUGUGCACACUCCCAUACAUGCCCAUACUGAUCAACUGCCCGACUAAAAAUCAACGGUGUGCGCCUACUCUUAAUGUUCAUGAACAUCGUUGUUUAUGAAAACAUUAACGCUCUACAUCUGUUUACCAAAGAACUCGAUAAAAAUAAUAUGUAUACCUAC